GUACAUACUUAAAUAAGAAUUGAAUCUGAAGUAUUAUUGGUUGAUAUUGUAACUUUGACUAUUUCGAUAUGAAAAUUUUUUGCUAAUUUGUUUAAAAUUGUAAAACAAUAAGUAAAUUAAGCUCUUCUUAAUAGCGUAUGGUUACUGAAAAUGACAUCAGUAGCGGAGAAUACAAAAGACAAAGGGCAAGAAGAUCCUAUUCAAUGUAUAUUUUUUUCGGAAUUUCACCCUAUUGUAGGUCCAAUGAUUACUUGUCAGGUUCCAGAUAAUUUUAUUUCAAAAGAUAUUUUUGAUACUGUCAGUGUUUAUAUUAUACCAAAAGCAAAGUUACAACGUAGUACUAUCACAGUAACAUUAAAGGAUUAUAAAAUCCUAGGAUUUCCAGUAAAGAUUGACAACAAGAAAUAUGCAAGAAAUGCCUUUUAUUUUAACUUAUGUUUUGUAUGUGAAGCAAAAGCUCGUACUGUACAUUAUGAACCUGUUGUGAAAAAGAUGUCUGAUUUUUUAAUGGCUCUUGAGGUAGAAAAUUGUUUUUUAUCUGCCUCUGAGGAUAAAACAAGAUUAGCAGAAAUGUUGCAACAGGUAAUGCAGGAUUUGAACUUGCACAAGAUGUGUACAUUAACAGAGGGGACCAUGACGUCCCACUUGAAAGUCAUAAAGUUAGCACCUGAGCCGAAACCAGUUCUUGAUCAUCAGGUACCAAUAUUUUUGGAGGGCCGUGAAGUAUUUCAAAUGGAUCAAUGGGAUUUAACUACCCAACAAGUAUUGCCAUACAUUGAUGGAUUUAAUCAUGUUGCGCGAAUAGCAGCUGAAGCAGAUGUGGAGAAUAAUCUAGUUAAAAAUUGCGUGCAAAAUCUUAUUUAUUAUGGUGUUGUAACUUUGAUUCCAAUAUUUCAAUACAGUAACGUAUAUGCUGCAACUUCUAAAUUAAAAGAAUUGACCGAAAAUACAAAAUUACAAGAACGGUGUAUAGCAUAUGCUUCAAAAUUCCCUAGACAACCUGCGUAUCUUAGAGACAUAUUUCGAAUGUAUGCAAGUAUGACACAUGGCAACAGCAUGAGAGACUUAUGUCAACGUCUUAAUCCUCAGAAUUUAAGAAUUAACGAAAGGCGUUUGGUACAAUUUGGCCUUAUUGAAGGCCUUAUUCGUCGGGUAUAUAAGUACCCGAUAUAUUUACCAGGAUCGCCUUACAAUGAGGAAAUAAAAAACAAUCCAGUUUAUAAGUAUUUUACAGGAACAUAUAGCCUUGACGAAAUUUGUUGCAGUACAGGUCAAUCAGCUGCACAAAUCGAAGAUAUUGUUGAACGUGAUCCGAAUGUUGUUAUGUUAUGGAAGUAAUAUUUAGAGAUGGUAUUUAAUGAACUUUGUUUUCUGUGAUUUUUAUAGAUGUAAGUGUCAUUUAUUUAUGCAGGAUAUAUUAUGAAUGAUGAAUAGAUAGAGUGGAUAGGCGACUUUAUUGUAUAUUACUGAUCAUUCGUUUUACUUCAUUGAUGUAUAUUUGAGGCACUCUAUUUCUUUUCAUUUCCUCACAUUUCCUCUCUAUUGCAUCACAUAGCUUUUUCUUACGUAUAGCGGCUUCUGUGCGAAUUGCUAAACCCUCAUCGAACAUCUUUUGCCUUGCUUCGAUACGUUCUCUUUCUUUUUCAUUGACCUAAUGAAAAUGAUAGUUAUAGAGUAAUUCUGUAAUAUUAUCAAAAGAAUAAUAGUAAGUUGAAAAGUGUAUAAUCUAAUUUUGAAAACAAACCUGUUUUAAUAUUUCGCUCCUAUGAAUUAACGCUUGCCGCUGUUUCUUUUCAAGUUCUUUUUGUUCUCGACAGAAAGCCUCCCUUUGAACACGUACAAUUUUUUCGAAUUCACGUCUCUCACGUUCUAGUUCAAUUGCCUCCAUUACUCGUUUGUUAUUUAUUUGUUUCUUCCUUUCUUCCAUAAGCAAUUUCUGAGCCUCCGCUCUUUUCAGAGCUUCCUCUUUUUCUUUUUGUCUCCAUUGUCGUUCUACUUCUUCUUGAAUUCGUGCAGCGCUCAAGUCAUCGAUUCGUUCCUACAAGGAUGGAACAUGUCAUUAUCAAAAUAUAAGUGCGAAACGUACAAUUAUCUGUCUAUUCUUAUUUGUAAAUAAUGUAUAACAAAAUUUAUAAUGCGCAAUGUAAUAAAGUGAUACAAAUAAAAGAU